AUGACCGAUUCUACCUUCUCAUACCAAAACUCUUUACCAUCCCUCCCGCUUCCGGGUCUUGAGGAUACUAUUGACAAGUAUCUCAAAGCAUGUGAGUUAAAUAAGUUUUUUGUCUGAAAAUAUUAUCCCAAAGGGUGUCUUGUAGUGAUUCCAGUUAUUUCUAAUGAGGAGCUGACAACGGUGACCGACAUAGCUCAAAAGUUUGCAAAUUCUCAAGGCGGACACAAAAUGCAAGCAUUUUUGGAGACGCGUUCCGAAUCGUUGAAAAAUUGGGUAAGCAGCCGUUGCACAAUUCUUCUCAAAACAGAAAAUUCAGCUGGAGGACUGGUGGUACGAUGCAUACACCACUAAUCGGGGAACUCUUCUCACUCAAAACAUGGGCGCGAUUAUCCCGAAAUCAUUUGGUCCGAACUCUUCGCAAGUAGGAAUCGCUGCGCAGAUCAUCCAUCAUAUAAUGAGUUACUGGAACCUUGUGAGACAGUGAGCACGGAAAAAAUGUAAUCCGUGUUGAUCCCUGUUUUCAGGGAGAAAAUAGAGAUUACGAAGAGCAGAGGAACGAAAUGGGAUAUGUUCCAAGUGUACAAUCUGUUCAACGCGUGCCGAGUUCCCGCCAAACCAAAAGACAAAAUUGAACGUUAUUUCUGCACCGGUACACUUGAUCCAUGUUCAGAAUAUAGUCCGAAUUCAUUUAGAGUCAGAAGGCUCCAGUCCGUCUCAUAUUAUUGUUAUUUGUAAUGGUCAUCUCUGGAAACUGGAUGCUAUACAGAGAGGAAAAUCUUUGAGUGUUUUCCAAAUACGUCAGAUUUUGGAAGAGCUGAAGAAGAAUUCGGUGAAAACAGAAAACGACUCAAUUGUAAAGCUAACCACUUUGGACAGAGACAAGUGGUCGGAGGUUUUGCAGGAAAUGCUUAAAUUUAAGAAAUUUUUUUUCGUAACAGAUUCGACGGGCGAUAAUGGACAAUAGUUAUGUCAACUGUGAAUUGUUCAAAAUCAUUGAGAGCGCUGUGUUUUGUUUGACCUUAUCAGACGAUUUUGUUGAGAAUGACUCUCAGGUGUGCUAAAAUUCAAGAGCACACACACAAAAUCGAAAAAUUACAGCUCAUGAAGUACUCUAUUUUUGGUUCAUCUUCAAACGCGUAUUGCGACAAAAAUCUAAACAUUAUUGUACUUCGAGAUGGAAAAGCUUGUCUACAAGCGGAGGUGGGAAUGAUUCAGAACUCGUUUUCAUGUAAAAUGUCGUUCAGCAUGGAAAUGUUGACGCCAUCUCUCUUUUUGCUCCUUGCGACUUUGCAGCUGACCAAUUUCAAGACGAUUCGAAUUCGGAAAGAAGCGAGCAGAAGGUACUAAUGAGAAAUUUACGAAGAAAAACUCAAUUUUCCGCCUUCCCCCGCUCAAGAGACUUGAUACACCGGACUUUGCCCAAAAGAUCGAGUUUGUGUUGACGGCAUCGGUUUCCGCAAGAGUUUUUGAGGCCGAGAGGGAGUUUCAUGCGAUGGUGACUUGAAAAUUGCAUGAAACUAAUCAGAGUCAAAAUGUGGACUGAUUACAGAGCUCAAAAACCAAUGUGAACGUGUAUCAUUACUCCAGUUUUGGAGCAGCUUACUGCAAGAAACGCAAAAUGUACGCUGAUACAAUUAUCCAAAUUGCGUUGCAAAUGGCGUACAUGAAAACGCAUAACAGGUGUCCUCAAAAAAAAAGUAAACAGUACAUAGUAAACUUCAGAUUGGCUCCAACUUAUGAGACCGCCUCAACUCGCAAAUUCUAUCAUGGACGCACUGAAACCGUUAGAAGUCUGGCAGUAGAUGUUGAAAAGUAUCUAAAAGCAUGCGAGAACGGAGCUACAGUAAAACUAGACGAAAAACACUGGAAUGUUCUUGAUGAUUACAGAAUGAGACAUUGAAAACGUUGUUUUUCGAUGCGUAUAACUCACAUAACACGUUGAUGGACGCCGCGAGAGAGGGAAAAGGAGUAGAUAGACACUUCCUCGGACUGAGGUACUUUAUCGGAGGGCGCAGAAGUUGCUGGUCCCACAUAAAACAUAAAAAAUGUUAUUGGGUGGUUUUAUUAAGGCUGAUCACUAAUUGAAACCUUCGAAACACGUCAUUGAGAACUCACUAAAAAAUGACUUACUAAAGCGUACUAUCUUUGUUUCGCAGGGCAGCACAAAAUGCACUGAACACACUUGGAGAAUCAUUGUCGAUACCAUUCCUCGACCAUCCAUCUUUUGCGGCCAGUGGUGGGAAUGGAAACUUUUUACUUUCAACCAGGUAAACCAUAAAAUUGCCAGCACAGGCAAAUUGUGAGCGUUUUCAAGUCUGAAUUGUUUGUGUAGUCGCAUUUUUCCGAUCAGAAAUGAACUGUGGAGACUUCUUGAACCAAAUUCACACAUCUUUGAUAAGCCGAUCGGUCUGAAACUUGGAUCUAACAUACUUUAAUUUAAGUGUUAGAAAUUUGCAAAGAUUUUGCACGAUCUUAAACAAAAACGUUGCCUCAAGAAGCCAGGACCCAGAGAACUUCCAUUCAUUCCAGUUUCCUCGGAUACAAUGAGAACGGAUGUUUCGGAUACGUGCUCCCUAUGUGCAAGGAUGGUUACGGGGCGUUCUAUCGCAUCAACACGACCAGGUUUGAUCGUUGUUCCUUUCAAUUCGUCUCCGAUUAUAAAUAUUUUACAGCUUCACAUUCACCCUGUCCAAUUUCUUCGAUGAUGCAACGAAUGGAGACGAAUUCCGCGAGAACCUUGAAUAUUCUCUUGAUUUCAUCAAGAAUGUGAUACUGACUGCCGAGUAG